AUGGGCUGCUGCCAAGACAAGGACUUUCAGAUUUCGGAUGAGCAGGCCAAGGAGGCCGGGUCAGAAGGCACUGAUGCGGACUCGGGGGAGCAACGGGAUCGCAGGUCGAACGAAAGUCUUCUGAUCACUGUGCUGUGGCGGCGGCUAUCCAUGUUCAGCCGUCGGGGUUCCGCUCGGUCAACCAGGAGGCAGACAGUCCAGAAUCCAAAGCGGGCGAGUAGGAUCCAGGAGCGCGAUCAGGAGAUGAUCCAGGAGGAGCCGGAGAAGGGGUGA